CUCUCUGCUGUCCCUGACAGGAUCCUGCACUUUCAAAGACAACGACUCCUUCAAGUCUAGCAGAAGAAUAAAUAAUUGAAGCAACGAGGUGGUGCCGCUUUUAGAAACUCUUCUAACGUAUCUUAUGGGAGACAAGGAGCCGAUGAUUGAAGUGGGAAAGAAGAAAAAGUGGCUGUAGACCACAACUCUGCACUUUCAUAACUUUGCCCUUUGAAAGGUGGAUAUAUAUUUUUCCCUUUUUUUUUUUUUUUUUGGAAGGUGAAAGGUUUUCAGAAUGUCAGCAGUGAAAGUUGAAUUGGAUAAUCUUUCCUCAGAAGAAAUUGAGUGUGAUAAUGACUUCAAAUCCAAUUUUAUUGUGACAAUCACCAGUGAAGCAGAUGUCGAUUACUCUGAACCUGAAUGUAUGGCUUCAAGUAGUAACACCUCUGGGAUGUUUAAGAGCAAGAGCGGAACAGAUAAAGAACACCAACUGAAGCCAUCAAGAAGAAGUAUGCCAUGUUUAGCCCAAAGCCAAACCCACCCCCAGCAUCUGAACAAGCAGUCUACAGUGCUCCAGCAGAAUAAAGUCCAGCCUCAACCAGAUAGUGAAGGAUCGUCAGCAAUCGAUGCAGAGCCUCAGCAAGAUUCUACAAGAGAUACCUACACGGAUGACUCGGAACAUGGAACGUACGACUGCCGCACCGAUCAAUCUCUGCUCAUUCAGCACAAGCUCAACAGACAAAAACAAGCCUCUCGGAAAUCUCAAAAGUGUAAAGAAGAGUCAAUGAACAGAGAGAAGCGGCGGUUAUCGUCGCGCACAGACUCGAGUGAAAUGGCUUCGGUGAUGUCCCUCGGCCUAUAUUUUAAAGAUGGAAUAAAACGCAUUGAUUACAUUUUGGUCUAUAAGAAAUCCAGCCCACAGAUCGAAAAGCGCAACACCUUUGAGAAGAACCUUAGAGCCGAGGGCUUAAUGCUGGAAAGGGAAAAUUCUAUAACCAACAACGACAUUAUAUUUGUAAAAGUCCACUGUCCAUGGGACACCUUGUGCAAAUAUGCAGAGCGGAUGAACAUCAGAAUGCCUUUUAGGAAAAAAUGUUAUUACACUGACUGGAGGAGCAAAACCAUGGGCAGUUUGCAGAGGAAUAUGAGGCAACUUAAAAGCUGGCUGCCUAGAAACCCAAUGAAGCUUGACAAAGAGGCCCUUCCAGACCUAGAGGAGACAGAUUGCUAUACAGCUCCAUUCAGUCGAGCUCGCAUGCACCACUUCACAAUAAACAACAAAGACUCAUUCUUUAGUAACUCCACAAGAAGCCGCAUUGUCCAUCAUGUCUUGCAGAGGACGAAAUAUGAAGAUGGAAAAUCAAAAAUGGGAAUCAACAGAUUGCUCAGCAAUGGAACAUAUGAAGCAGCUUUUCCACCCCAUGAGGGGAGCCACAAGAGCAGACACCCAAUCAAAACCCAUGGGGCCCAGAAUCACAGGCACCUGUUGUAUGAGCGGUGGGCACGUUGGGGGAUGUGGUAUAAGUAUCAGCCGCUGGAUUUAAUCAGGAGGUACUUUGGUGAGAAGAUCGGCCUGUACUUUGCAUGGUUGGGCUGGUAUACAGGGAUGCUCAUUCCUGCGGCUCUGGUUGGAUUGUUUGUCUUUCUCUAUGGAUUAUUUACCAUGGACUCCAGCCAAGUCAGUAUAGAGAUCUGUGAAGCAAAUGAAACCAUCAUGUGUCCGAUGUGUGAGAAGAAUUGCACACUCCAGAGGCUCAAUGAGAGCUGCAUAUAUGCAAAGGUGACUCAUUUAUUUGAUAAUGGAGGCACGGUGUUCUUUGCUAUAUUCAUGGCAAUAUGGGCCACUGUAUUUCUUGAGUUCUGGAAGAGGAGAAGAGCUGUUCUCACCUAUGAUUGGGACCUCAUAGACUGGGAAGAUGAAGAGGAAGAAUUACGUCCACAGUUUGAAGCAAAAUAUUCCAAAUUGGAGAGGGUGAAUCCUAUCACUGGCAAGCCUGAACCCUUCCAGCCUUUCAGUGACAAGCUCAGUCGACUCAUGGUGUCUGUAUCAGGAAUAUUCUUCAUGAUCUCUUUAGUGUUGACUGCAGUCUUUGCAGUGGUCGUCUAUCGACUGGUCGCCACGGAACAGUUUGUCUCAUUAGACUGGAAGUUCAUUAAGAAGUAUUGGCAGUUUGCAACAUCUGGCACUGGGGUCUGCAUAAAUUUCAUGAUCAUCAUGUCCCUUAAUGUGAUAUACGAGAAAGUUGCCUAUCUUCUUACAAACUUAGAGCAUCCAAGAACGGAAUCUGAAUGGGAAAACAGUUUUGCUUUGAAAAUGUUCCUCUUCCAGUUCGUCAACUUAAAUAGCUCCAUAUUUUACAUUGCCUUUUUUCUUGGCAGGUUUGCCGGGAGACCUGGAAAAUAUAACCGACUUUUCCAAAGAUGGAGACUGGAGGAGUGUCACCCAAGUGGCUGUCUAAUAGAUCUUUGCUUGCAAAUGGGAGUCAUUAUGGUUUUAAAACAAAUGUGGAAUAACUUCAUGGAGCUUGGAUAUCCACUUCUUCAGAAUUGGUGGUCUCGAAGGAAAAUAAAGAAAGGAGGACAAGCUGUAGAAAGCAAAUUAACAUUGCCACAGUGGGAAAAAGACUGGAACCUGCAGCCCAUGAACGCUCAUGGUUUGAUGGAGGAGUAUUUAGAAAUGGUCAUACAGUUUGGAUUCACCACAAUCUUCGUAGCUGCUUUUCCGCUGGCUCCUCUUCUGGCUUUGCUUAAUAAUAUAAUUGAGAUAAGACUGGACGCUUAUAAGUUUGUUACGCAAUGGAGAAGGCCCAUGCCAGCCCGAGCGACUGAUAUAGGAAUCUGGUAUGGAAUUUUGGAAGGAAUUGGUGUUCUGGCCGUUAUCACCAACGCCUUUGUCAUUGCUAUCACCUCUGAUUAUAUCCCUCGCUUUGUAUAUGCCUUCAAGUAUGGACCGUGUCAGGAUCAAGGCUACAGACAUGAGAAAUGCCUUCGAGGCUACGUGAACAGUAGUUUAUCCAUAUUUGAUCUGAGUGAGCUUGGUCAGGGAUAUACUGGCUACUGCAGAUACCGAGAUUAUCGGGCACCUCCCUGGAGCUCAAAUCCUUAUGAGUUCACCUUGCAGUUUUGGCAUGUUUUGGCUGCACGAUUAGCCUUUAUCAUAGUUUUUGAGCACCUAGUUUUUGGGAUAAAAUCCUUCAUUGCUUACCUCAUCCCUGAUAUGCCAAAAGAUCUAUGUGACCGAAUGAGACGAGAAAAGUACCUGGUCCAGGAGAUGAUGUACGAGGCUGAACUGGAGCAUUUACAACGAGAACGGAAAAAGAAUGGAAAACACUAUAACCAUGAAUGGCCUUAAGAGACCUAACAGGAAAAAAAGAAAAAGAAAACUUGCACUUAUAAGACAGCAGACGAGAUAUUUUUUUUUUUUAUGUGGUAUGAUCUUCAUUGCAAAUUUUUUUGUAUGGAACAUGUAUGUCUAUUACAGGAGCAUGGUCAUAUAUGUACUGUAUAUUGAUAUGUGCAUACCAGCCAUAUACAGUAUAAACUGGAAUAUACAUGGUGUUGGAGCAUUAAUGCAAUGAAAUAUUUUUUAACUGAUGCAGUGUUAUGGCGAGUGAAGUGUUUCCAGUAUAGUUUGACCUCUGUCAGGUCAAUAAUCGGAAACCAUUCCACCAUACAUCCUGAGUUUUGAAUAUACCUAUAUCUGCAUUAGCACGUGAACAAUAUGCCAACCCCUGGCACUUUAUCUACAACAUGUCCUACAGUAUUUAUCAAGUCUGUGGCUGCUCGUGACUUGUAGAUACUAACUGGCCUACAUUCCCACCAAUGGUGGUCACUAAAGAGAUGUCCAUACGUUGAGCAGUAGACCAGGUCUUUAAUGCAAUGCAAAUUGCUAAAAAUUAAUAAAAAAUCAAGUGGACCAUCUCAUAGAUGUACUUCUACAAAAUCUCAACACAGAAGACAGGGAAUGACAUCUGAAAGUUCUCCUUAAGAGAAGUUGGAAACAUCUCCAUGGACUGAACCUACAAGACACUCUUCCAAAGACUUAAUCUAAAAGCAUGACUUGGACCAUGCAGAGGGCUUAGAGAUUUUGUAGGGUGCUGGACAUCCACAGAAAGCAGCCUCAGCAUCCAGGCAGCCUAAUGGCUAUCACCUCAAGUCGAUUGGAUUAAAAAAAUUGGAUCUUUGAUCUAAUGUUUUUGUGAUUAUCGUUGCCUACUUUACAUAUGACUUGCACGUAAAAGAUCCAAUCAGUUUGGUUUUAAAAGCUUUUAGAAAUGACUUGCACAUCUUUUUAAAUAGAUAGAACCUUUAUGAAAUAUUUAUUACAUUUACUGUGCAAAAAAAAACUAUGCAGUUAUAAAGCUUGUUCCCGAUAGAUUGGGAGGAGGGGGCCCUAGUCUUUUAAUCAUUCAGUGGGGGAAAGGGACCUCUGAAUCACUGAAUGGGUCAGUGUUACAAUAUGCUUCCGUCUAAAAGAUUGCAAAAAGUGUUUGUUCCAAGGCAAAAAAAAAAAUGGAAAACAAUUUGGAAAAUUGCUCCAGGUUUUUCAAAAUGGCUUUCAUUUGGCUUGCCAUGUCUUGCUACAAACAUUGACGAUUUGCAAACAAAUUUGCACGUGUUUACCUAAUUUAUGAUUUUUUUUGUCAGUUAUGUUAUGCCUUGUAAUUACUUGACUAAAAUAUUUAAAAUGAAUGGCAUAUUUGAAU